AUGGUCCGAACACAUUCAUCGUAUACGGCCAGCCCCACGCGCUUCCAAUCGCCUCAACGCAGUCCAGCGCGUCGCCCGUCCCAAGAUGGAUCGCAAUAUGAAAUGGAUCUCGAUGCUCUGGGCCUCAAUUCCACGUUCGAGUCGACAGAACUAGAAGACCACCACCAACCGCCCGUGGAUCACGUAGACACGAGCGAGAUUGAAGGGCCGGAAGACUUCACCAUGAACAUGACCUACUGGAUGACGGCAGAUCUCCCGCUGGCGCAGAUAAAAUCGCGGAAAGAAGCCAACACAAAACGACCCGUGAUAAGAAUGGACGCUAUACAGGAUGGAAGUGAGAGCAGGCAGGCAACAGAAGUGGGCGAGCCGGCAGUCGUGGUGGAGGACACGGAGCAGAGGAGAAAGAGUCGAUCUCGCACCACUUCCCCUACGAGGCGCGCAAACGGCACAAAGAAUGAGCGUCAGCAUAGUAUACCAGCAUCUGAGCGGUCUAUGGAAAAUGAGGAGAAGGUUCGGAGCUUUCUCAGCAAUCUACCAGACACGGAGAUGGAGGGCGCAAUCACAGGGACGCCGCUACAUGCACCAAGACAUAGUUAUCUACAAGUCCCACGAUCCUCACCUCCGAAAGCCCGAUCUUUGCAACCCACCGUCGAGGACUACGAUACACCGCGCAAGCCUACCCAAGAGACGGUCAUACGCCACACCUCGGCCAUCAUCGAUACAAGUGAGCAGGAUGUGGCUCGGAAUAAGAUCGCAGAGCUGCAACAUCGCCUUGAACAGCACGAAUCCACUUCGAGAUCGCGCAUUACCGAACUCGAGACAAUCCUAUCGUAUACCCGCUCAGAGCUCGAGAGCACACGCAACGACAACUACAAGCAUAAGGAGAAGGUGUCAAACCUAGAGAAGAAAAUGGAACAGCAACGUGCAGACGAUGAAGCAGCUCACGCAGCUGCGAAUGCCGACAUGAAAGCGCGAGAGGAUGCGUUGGAGACCAGGAUGCAUGACUUCGGAGAAGAGAUGCGUCUCCAAAACCUCACCAAGCUGGAGACCAUGCUGGAAGAGUUUGAACGGCAACGAAAAUCUCUCGAAGAAUCGAAACGACAACUCACCGAAGAGGUCGAAGACAAGGACAUGAAGCUAGAGGAAGUUCAAGCAGAGCUGGCACAGGUACGCCAAAUACACGAGCGUGAACUCCACGACCUGAAGGAGACGCAACUCCACGAAGCUGGACAUGGUAGUGAAGAUGCGGAAAAGGAGCGUCUAUUGUUGACCGAGCAACUUUCCUCGGUCCAAGCGCGAGCGAACGCUUUGCAAUCAAACCUUGAAGCGGCUACAUCCGACGCAAAGGCAGCUCGUGAGGAGGCUCGAAGAAGAGACGAGGUGUAUUCCGCUAUCGCACUCAAAGCUCAACGCCACACAGCCCGCAUUGCCGAACUGGAAGGCCAACUCCAGGCUGCCAAAUUUGAAAUUGAAUGCUCACACGCCGAUGUGGCAGCUAAGCAGCAGCUGUUUCAUACAAAUCUUGAUCUCAACUCUCGACUCCGCACUCUGCAGUCAGAGCUAGAGACCGCACGGAGGGACCUCACCGCAACGGAUCAGGGGACUCGUCGCUCGGCCGAUCUGGAGACUUGCGUGAGAGAUCUUCAGUCACAACUCGAAGCCUCGGUAGAGUCGCAACUAGAGCGUCCUGGCAUCGGAGUAUCUGCGAGCGAUGGACACACCCCGCAGGUAGCGGAGCUCGAAGCGCGCAUAAGAUCUUUGCAGUCCCAACUGCGAUCCGGUCAGUCCGAUCUAUCUGCAAAAGAACAAGAGAUUUCCUCUUUUGUUGAAUCGCAAGAGCAUGCUGAGCAACGAUUGAACACGGCCCAGGGUCGGCUACAGAGUCUCGAGACAGGCAACACGAAUCUUCGUCAGCAGCUCGCAGAGGCUCAUCGUGAGAGUGCCAAAGCCCGAGCUGACGCAGAAUGCUUCAAGCAAGACUUGGAAGAUGCCAACGACCGUCUGCGUGAUGCUCGCGCCGAGGCAGAUCGCCGUGUCAACGACCUUGAGAAGAAGCUGAACAAGAUGAAGGAGUUGAAGAUUGAAGCAGAGAACAAAUACAAAGAGUUACGCGACCAACAUGAAGACAUGAUAGAAGGACACGAGGCUAUGAUGGAGGACGUCCGCGACAAGGCGGAGGAUGCUGUGCGCAAAGCCGGCGCAGUACUCGAGCAAGAGCGUAGCGAGAAGAGGAGUCUUACCAAAGACCUCAAGCGGGCUAAAGAAGAAGUUGAAAGGCUCCGUGCGGCCGCAUCUGCAAAGCUGGAAGAGGAGACAGACGAAGACACUACCAUCUCAUCGUUCGCAACAGGGGCAAACGCGAAGGAUAACGAAAUCGCCAACCUCCGCGAGAUUAUCCGCAAGCAAGUGUCCGAAACAAAAACCCUCAAGUCCGAACUCUCCGCCCUUCGCAAGGACAACAAGACCCUUAAAGCAACAUCCACAUCCGCAUCUCAAGACACAACAGCCACCUUGGAAGCCCAACUUUCCGUUCUUCGCUCCGAGAAAGCAGCCCUCGAGACGCGUCUUGCGAACCAAGCCGCUGAAAACGACGCUAUCAACAAGCAAAUGGAUGAGAAAUUAGCCACACUGCUUAGUAAACUUAUGAAGGAGAAGGCUAAAACAGUGGUGGGUAAGCGUGAUGGACAGUGGACCGAAAGUGUCAGGGAGAUAGAGGAAGAGAAGAAGUUGCUUGGCAAAGUGUUGAUGAGACAGUGGGGCAGAGAAGAGGUUGGUGUUGAUGAAGAGAGAGAGGCAAAGGAUGGGAAACAGGGGUACCGGUAUAAAUAUGUCAAGAGAUGA